GCCAUUGCGGUCGUGACGUCAUCGCGGAGCGCCGCUGCCCGCACGCAGCAUGGCCGUGGCCGGGGAGGCGCCGCCGCUCGGCCCCGCGCUGCCCACCGCCGCCAUCCCGUCCUUCGCCGCGGCCCGCGGGCUGGUGGGGCGGCGCUAUUCGUGCCUGGUGGUGGCGCCGCGACGCCGUCACAUCGCGCUGCCGCCGCGGUACCUGAGCCGCAAGCGCACCGGCAUCCGCGCCCAGCUGGACACCGAGCUCCUCCGGUACUCGGAAAGCCUUCAGGGGGUGCCCGUGGCUUACGACAACGUCAAAAUAGUGGGCGAGCUCGGGGACAUUUACGACGACCAAGGCUUCAUCCACCUCAACAUCGAGGCGGACUUCAUCAUCUUCAGCCCCCAAAAAGGGAAAAAACUGGUGGGUGUAAUUAAUAAAGUGGCCCCUAGUCAUAUUGGCUGCCUGAUACAUGGAUGCUUCAAUGCUUCUAUCCCUAAACCUCAACAAAUGUCCAUUGUACAGUGGCAAGAGCUGGGGUUAAAAAUAGGGGAUGAACUGAAAUUUCAAGUAUUGCAUUUGGAUUCUGAUGCAGCAGGGGUGUUCUUCAUUCGAGGAGGACUCGCUAAAAGCAGCAUGAGGCCAAAAAAAUCUGAGACCAUCACUGACAGUACAAAUGGAGAUGAAAUUCCAAAGCUUGACCACCAGGAAAAUAGCUUCAAUGACUCUGAGGGAGGUGUUGUCACAGAGCAGUCUCUAGGUGAGACAGAUAAUGCUGGGAGGGAAAACGGAGAAGAGCAGAAUGUUAAUGCUAUGAAUGGAGUGUGUGAUGAUAAAAACAAGAAGAAGAAGAAAAAGAAAAAACAUAAGCAAGAAGAACAGGAACAUGUAUUGCCUACUAGUGACUCCAGUGGUUACCAAAGUGACCAUAAAAAGUCAAAGAAAAAGAAAAGAAAGCAUUGUGAUGAAGUUGAAGAAAGUGAAUUCUCCCAGGUGUCACAAGAGCCCAAAGCUAAAAAGAAAAGAGACUGAAGUCUGAAGUGCCUUUCCUGAAUAAGAUUCAGACAUUUUUGUAAGCUUCCAAUAAAAUCCACUUUUCAAAAUGUGUAUGUAUAUUUCUUUACUAAACAUUCUGCAACAUGAGAUGACAUUUUUGUGUGUGUGCGUGUGUGCACAAACACCUCUAAAUGCAAGAGCAUUUGAAGAAGUGACAGAAGAAAUUCCCAGUGGCUGAGAUUUUUUUUUCUUAUUAUUGUAAGGGGCCAUGAAUGUCUGUGAAUGAAACUUUACAGCCUGUUUAAGUAAAUUUUUGAGUGUCUUGGAUCUUUUAAAACUUCUUUCGUGGUACUCUAGAAAGAAUGCGAUCUGUUGAUUCAGAGCAAGCAGAGAAGGCAGGAGACUCAUGUACUCUAGUAUAAAUGACAAACCACUUAUAGGUUAGAAUACCACUGACAUAUGGGCUGACAAAGCAGUUGGUCAUGGGGCAUACUUUGAUAAAAAUUAAUUUCUAUGCAACAAGCUCAUUGACUUCACAGUUUUCUUUGAGGGUAAAGGAAGAAAGUUGAAGCGCAACUCCAAACUUUUUGUGCUGGCUGUAGUUUUUUAAAUGCUGCUCUCUAGAAUAGUAGUUGCCCACUGUCAAUAUUUUCUAAACUGUUGGAAUUAAUGUUAGUGGAAAGUUCUGACAAUGGCAAAAUGACAGACAAAAGUUAAAAAUAUGCCUCUAUUAAGAAUAAAGUUUCCUCAUCUAUAUGUAUGGUAUUUUUUUUAAUACCAGUACUUUAGGUUUCAGCUCUCCUGUUCUGAGGAGUUCUGGGGAGAGCUGUAGGGUGACAUGGUCUAAGCUAAGUCUUUAACUGAGUUGAGAGGCAAUGUUUACAUGGGUAUUGAUUUACCUCUUACAGAAAGACAUAACCAGCUCUUUGGAAGCCUUGUAAGUGAACAGCAUGUAUAUGGAAAUUUGCUGUUCAUCUGUGUGUUCUUAGAUGACGAAUAAUUUUGCCCCAGUGGUGAUGCUUAUGUUUUUAGCUCAGUUAACUAGAUUUGUAUGCCUAAUGACAUAUCCACUCACAUUGAACAUGUUUGGAAUUUGAAGUGUGGCAGUACUUGUUUUAGGGCUCACUUUGUGCUAUGCUAACGCCUUUUAUGUAUUUUUAGAGCUCCAGACUUAGCAAGACAAGUCUAAGCUUGUAUCUUCCAUAAUUGAUGGUAUGGCUGUACAUCACUGGCUUUUUAAAGUUAUAAGAUAACACCAUCAAGAACCAAGUUAAGAGUUUUUGAA